GAGCCGAAGCUGUCGGCUCGGUCAUGUGAUCAGCUGUGUCCAAUCACAGCUGAUCACAUAAGUGCCACCUGUCAGUGUCCAUCAGUGCCAGCAGUCAGUGCUCAUCAGUGCCAUGUGCCAGUGCCCAUCAGUGCCACAUCAAUGCCACAUAUCAGUACAUACCAGUGCACAUCAAUGCCACAUAUCAGUGCCCAUCUGAGCUGCCUUUCAAUGUCACCCAUCAGUGCUAGUCAGUGCCACCUAUCUAUGCCAAUCAGUGCCACCUAUCAGUGCUGCCAAUCAGUGCCACCUAUCAGUGCCAGUCAGUGUCGCCUAUCAGUGCCACGUAUCAGUGCUAGUCAGUGCCACAUAUCAGUGCCAGUCAGUGCCGCCUAACAGUGCCA